UGCGGAGGCUGAGGCCGCGGGCAAGAGCCUUCUCGACAAGAUUUAAAAGUUCAACGGCACCCUCUUUGUCAACUCCAGCUAUGUGGCUUUUGACGACUACUGGACCUUCUUCGAAAAGGUCAGCGCCGAUAACAACCCCGUCGGCCUCAUGGCCGCUUCCGGAUCCCGCCUCCUCGACAUAGAAGCCGUCAGUAACUUCAUAAGCGUCCGUGGUCUGGUCGAGACCUUGGCCGGAAAGACGGGUGAGUACGUCACAAAUGUAAUCUCCAUCGUCUUUGGCGGCCAAGUCUGGGCCGAUGCUGCUCAGGAGUACUCCGCCGUUCUUCCCGCCUGGCGUACGGCCGUCCUGCACCAGUCUGUCGCGUGCAUUCUCAGUGCUGGCGUCAGCGAUGCCCGCUUCAAAGAGGUCCAUGACGACGUCACGUUCAACAAGAUUGGCGCUAUGAAGACUCUUGCCCCCAACAUGGGAUCGUACAUGAACGAGGGCGACGCCUUUGAUCCGGAUUGGAAGGUCGAUUACUACGGUGCAAACUACAACAGACUUCAGUGUAUCAAGGAGUACUACGACCCUGGCGAGCUCUUCUACUGCCCGACUUGUGUGGGAAGAGGACUCCGUUGGGCGUUUGUGCCGCGCGUAGUUGGAUAAGAUGAAGAAUCUACUUCACAUUCUGGUGUAUCCA